CAGGUUUUAAAUAUGUUUCUUUAUAUCUGUUUAAUACUACAAGGGUUUCUUUCAAUCGUUUACAGUGAAGGCCUACUUGACGUAGGACUAUUCUUCUUUUAAUGCAGCCUGUGCCGAUUUUUUUUUGGGGUCGUCACACUAUCAAGCUACAUUUGUGGAAGCAACUUGCAUUCAGAAUUCAAAAGCUGGAACGAAGUCACGUGUCAGCAAACGGACUAUCAACUUGUGAGCAUAACUACUUUAGAUGAAAACAAUGCAAUCCUCAAUUCCUUUGAAAACUGUACUCACGGAGACUACGCCAUCGGAUUAUCACGCCAGAUGGGAAUGCCGAGAGAAGAUGACAGCAGUUGGAACUGGGAAUCUGGUGAGACUGUGAACCUGCUAAACUGGGGUAAUAAUCAACCAAACCUUCAAGACAGUAAGUCCGCAGGAGUGUACAUGACGACUCUGGAAUCCUAUUCCUAUGUACCUGGCAAAUGGCACGACCUUGAGAAUACCUUUCAAAUAGGGUUACAUACUGGUAGUCUUGGAUAUGGAUAUAUUUGUGAAAAAUCAGUGAUAACAACCCCAAAUUUAUCCACGACUGCAGCAAAGCAGUCAUUUACCAGUGGUUUACAGUCGAGUUUCACUUAUCGCAGACCAACAAUAAUAUCAACCACAGUAGGAAUAACUGGAGGAACCAAGGAAAGAACUGAUAUCAGUAAUGGACCAUUUACAAAAGCUAACGCAGAUAAAGAUGAAAGUUUCGUGAUCGAUUAUUUUGCAAGUCAAAGAUCAAAACGAACCAGGAAUUUACGAGUGAUUUAGUUGAGGUUAUACCGUGUGAUAUAUACAGUAUCAGUUUGGAUAAUGGUCAGCUUCUAUGUGUUGAAAACACACAAAAACUAAAAAGACAUCCACGUACUACUGAAGUUCAAGUUGAAGUUGAAGUUGAAUGUAAUAAUAAGCCAUUAUACGUGAAUCAUAGCAUAAAUGGGCAUGCCAGAAAGCGUCCAAAUGAUAACGAAUGUAGAAAAAAAUCAGAUUACGAACAACAUCAAGAAGAGGAAAUGGUAAAAGUGUAUGCUGAGAUUACAGGCGACAGUGAACGAAAAGUGUACGAACCUCAGUCAAUUCAUUCGGAAAGACUUUAAAAUUCAUCAGAUUAAACGAAUGAUAUAGAGAUGCACCCUACAAAAAGACUUGUGCCAUUGUAGCUACUGCGGUAGAUUAUAAGGAGAAAACUUAAAGAUGCCUUAAACAUAAACAUGAAAACCAGAAAAAUGAAACAACAAAGUGAAAGAUUAUCUUCGAUUUCAAAAAUGUCUUAAAAUAUGAAGGACCCCUUUGCAAUUCAAAUAAAACAUUUAAUAUUUAGAGAAACAUUACAAUUUUCACUGAUUUACAGACCUUUCAGUACCAAAACCAGCAUGCCCGUACGCAGUGGGGAGAGGUGGGACGGGUGCAUACGCAACCCCCCCCCCCCACCAAUUACUAAAGGUCCACAUUUUUUAACUCACUUCAGACCUAUCAGAGAAGUUUCCAACUAGACAAGCAACGACUUUUAACUGUCCAUAAAGAUUUUUGAGGAAUUUGAGUGUUUUCCCCACCGCUUGCAUGUCAAUGAUUCACUGCGAACAAACUCAUCUUCCUUCUAUGUUUCACUAAAAUCAUCUUUAGUUUUGCUUGGAAAUCAUUUUGAUACAGCAGGGACGGAUUUAGACCUUCGCACAGUUCGCCAUGGUGAAUGUCAGAACAACAAAAAUAUAAUACACAAAGAAUCGUCAAAAACAAUACAGAAAGAUUAUUGGUUGCCUAGACUAAUAUAUCAGAUUAUUGUGCGAUUGUCAGUAAAGCACUGGCUCCUCUACCCAACGUCCAGCCACAGUAGCAGCAGCGAUGAAGGAAUGUGAUGAUGACAUUUUCCUUAAUGCGGUGGUGCUCCCCCCAACCCUAAAUU